CGAGCUGCUGCCCCGAGCUCGCUCAAGCCGGUUUGUGUGCAACCUUAGCUCAAGCUCACUAAGGAAUCACAUCUGUUGUCAACGCAUCAGUGUUUGUGGGAUUACCUUAGGCUGUGUGAUUGUGCCAAACUCGUAGUUUACGGAUCUCUGCGAAUGUUUGUGAGGGUGUUUUAACAGCAAGAUGCAGCAUCACUCUGGACCAAUCGAUCGUUGCCGGCAUUGGUUCUCUCCUGUCCUGCCAAUUCUGCCGCUGUAAUUUCAGUUAUGCAAAAUUACUGUGUCGAUAUCUACGAAGAAAACACUUUUUAGGGAGAUGCGGUAACAGCAUGAUGUUGCUGGAGCGGCGGACCUACCCUCUGUUGGCCGUGGUGCUGACGGCGACCUUCGUCUGUGUGUCUGUCUGGCGGAUGUCCGGCGGUUGUCCAGGGCCUCCAUACUGUGUGCUGGAGUCUCCGGUAUCAGCCAACUACCUGCUGCUGGACCCUAGCAACGUCAGCAGAGUCACAGAGCCCUACGAUCUCUCCCUGCUAGGCUCUCAUGAUCGUCACUUCCUCAUUGACUUGCACAACUUCACAUUCCACAUGAAUGACCCCGUCUGCAACUCCUCCUCCCCACCGCUGUUCGUCGUGAUCAUCCACUCCGCGCCCUCCAACUGGGAGAACCGAAGAUCCAUCCGGAGCACGUGGGGUCAAUCCGCACACCUAGUUUUUCUCGUUGGAGAGACAGAUUCCGUUGACACACAAACCGCUCUAGAGCGCGAAAACGACGAACACCACGAUUUAGUUCAGGGUAGUUUUAAAGACUCUUAUAGAAAUCUUACGUACAAACACGUGUUGGGACUGAAGUGGGCGACGUACCAUUGUCCGGACGCCAAGUACGUGCUGAAGACUGACGACGACGUGUUCGUCAACACGCCGUUCCUAGAGGAGUUCCUUACCCGAGAGUUGUCUGCUCUAGGCGCUCGUAGACUGGUGCUGUGCGAGGUCCUCUCCGGGUCCAUCGUCAAGAGAUCCUACAGGUCCAAGUGGCGGGUGAGCCACCGGGAGUACAAGAACCGUUGGUAUCCUGACUAUUGCACGGGAUGGGCCAUCCUCUACUCGCCGGACGCCGUCUUCAGGCUGUACCGGGAGGCUCAGCGCAGUGAGUACUUCUGGAUAGACGAUGUCCACGUGACAGGCACCUUGAUGAGUCGCGCCAAUCUGACCCACACCGACGUAGGAUCCCUAGGCGCUUCUGAGCCUCGCGUCCUCAGCAUGAUGAGGAAGAACCAACUGGACGACUUCCUGUUCAGCUUGCUCUCGCCAAUCUACUAUCCCGGACUCUGGGAGAUGGUCAACACCCUCCCCAGGACCUCUCACCCCCACCAAACUGAUUCCUCCCCUCAGACAUGGACUGGCUAUGGAGUCAAUAGGUAGUGCUCACCAUCGCAGAGUUCUUCUAGUCCCAUUGAUAUUCAUUUAUGUUUCCUGUCUAGUGAAUUUUACUUAGUUGUAGUUAUAUUAAGUUGUUUAAGUCUGCUGUGCAUUUAUACAUCUUGUAUAUAUUAAUAUAGGGAAAAUGUGAACUUAAGACUGUUUGUCAGUAUUCGGCAUGACGUAUAAAUAUAUGCCCUUCGCCUAAAUGAUCGCCAUCAAUUAACGGUUGUUAUCACUUAUUCAGCUUAAAAUAUGUAACAUUUCUCUCUACCCAAGAUCGACUUGUAAUCUUAAAAAAAUGUGCCCAUGGAAAAAUCUAGCUUCAUUUAAUCAUUUUAAUAUUACUUGUAUAUAUUGUGUAAGCUUUAAAAAUCAUUACUUGUAUUUUAUCGGUAAUUUAAAUGUCUAAAAACGGAGUAAUAUUCUUACAAUAAUAAUAUAUGCCAACUUUUGCGAUAAUAAAAUUGAACUUAUUUUUACCGUCACUAUUUACUAUUUGGUCUAGCUUUAGUCCAUUGUAACCUUUCAAACCCCAAAUAUUAAUCUUCUGUCGCGAUUUGACAAAUUAAAAGAGACGCUAGGUAUGAUUGUAUAGUUUCUGUUCACACUGUGCUAAUAUAAUUAAUUAAUUAAUUAUAUUAAGAUUAUAUUAUGAAUUAUAUUAUUAAUUAUAUUAGUUAAUCAAUUAAUUUGUGAUUAAUUUGAUAAUCAAAUUAAGUAGUUAAAAUGAAAUGCCAUAACCUAUGUCAAAUGGUGUCUAUGUUUAUGUUAUGAUUUCGGGGUAUUUUAUUUAAUUUGUGUAUCUCUUGUAAGCUAGAUAAUUGUCCCAAAGCAUAGGAAAUUUGUUCAAUAUGUGUUCUUGAUUUCCAAUAAGAUAGAUGUUCAAGGGACCAAGAAUGGCAUUUAUGUUUUAUCGAUUUUGUUUUUUAUGUUUUAUGGAGUUAGUUGAAUAAGUGUGUGCCAAAGGUUAAAUUCCGUUAGCGUAGUUUAUUUAUAAUUGAUUGUAAGUAGUAUAUUAUAGUGCAAUGUUAUUCCAUGAAUUUGGUUUAUGACUUGGUGGUUAUUUAAGCUCAAAAUAUAUGUACUGUAAUACAUACAAAGGUAUAAACAAUUUAAAGAAUCUUGUUAGAAAAAAUUAAUUUAGUAUUUUGGAAUGCAUGGACUUAACAUUGUUAAAUAAGUCCAAUGCUUAUUGUUAUAAAAAGGCACAACCAAGGCUGCAACUAUGGGUUUUUUACAAUUAUUCAAAGCAUCAUUUUAUGCCUAACCAUGAAUUUCAACCUACACGUAGGCUACUAUUCAAUUCAUUAGUUUUCUUAGCAUCAUAUGGUUAUUCACGUUGUAUCAUUCGUCCAAUAAAUAUUAUUUCUAUAAUUAUCGAAAUAUAGUUAUUUAUGUAUAAUAAUGUUAUAAGAUAAUAUAUAGAGGAAAUAUAUUUUAAAAUUGAAGUAAAUAUAGUAGGUCAGUUGAGCGGUUAUUUUACUCAUGUAGCUCUAAAUAAUUCUGAAAAUUGUUAAUAUGUAUAUUAGGUAGGCCUAGCAUAUAAUUUUUUAUGAAAACAUAUGUGUCUGUUGUAGUGGAAAUUUAUUGCAAUUUAGAAAGCAUUGUAAAUACACAAUCUAGUUUUGAAAUUAAAUGUGUAUGAAGUUAAAUAAAUUAUAUUAUAGAAAAUGUACUGUUACAUUCAGUUUAGGGGCCCACAUGUAAGCAUAGUAAACUUGAAGGAUCCCUAAUGUUGUGUAAAUGUUUUCAGUAAUAUUCUUUCCUCUACAUUCAGACUUGAUUUAGUUUACAAACUCAGAUAGACUUAUUCGAUUUAAGUCUAAUUUUUGCUCUUUCCAGUCAUCCAUCAUCCCGACUUUCUUCCUUACAAACAAUGAAUUUCACUAAGUAUUCCUGUUACAAAACGUCUGUGUCUGGCGACAAAACUACACUGUUAUGUUUCAAUGCAAUGUUUUGUAAUCACAAUCAGCUGUAAGCAUCGCUUAUACCCUUGUGUUAAUGUUAAUGUUGGUAUCCCUGACGUUCUGCUGUUUGAUGUAUCCAGCAGUUGUGCCAACAAUAUGUUGUAAAUCCUAGAGGUGAAAUGAGGAAAAUAUUGUACGUUUUACUUGUAAAAGCUAAGUGUUUAAUAAGUAUGUUAAUCGAAAAUAAUUACUUAUCAGCAAAAAACAACCGUGUUGUCGUUGUAUAUUUACUAGACUGACUUUACUACUUUAUUGACUUAGGUUUCUCAACUAUAAGUUAUCUAUAUGUAUGCUACUGUAUUACAUUUUACAAUCAGGAUAAAACUGACAAACACUAAUUUUUCAUUUCACCAGAUAACACUGCCUUUUUUACAAGAUGGAAAAGUAAAAUCUUUGUUUACAGUAGGCAUACUUCGGAGUUAUUGUGUAUUCACUGUCGAACUAUAUUUACUGUAUAGAUCCAAUCCGUUAAGCACCUCAAGUUUUUACAAUCAACGCUAUCUUUGUUCAUGUUUCAAGUUGGCAACCUUGAUGUUUAUGAGUCGUGCCAACCUGAUGUACCACAGCUGAUUGUGUAUGAGAUGCUUGACCCCUAGGUUAAGUCGCUGUUUCGUCUAUUGUUGUUGUGUCUUACUGCUCAAUUAAUGUUAAGCUGGGAUCACAUUGAGAGCCAUAUCUGUGAGGGAAGUGCAUCAGGCCCGCUUGUGCCUUGCUGUCUCUUCACUUGCAUUAUAUUUUUCGAUUGAUUUGAAUAAGAAGUCUCGUGCGACCUGUAGCGUAGCCUUUCAGUCAGACGUAGCAUAGGAAAAGGCUAGUGAGCUAACCGUACUUAUACGUUUACGAACCUACGUAGGUUUAGUGGAUUCGAGUACAUUCGCGUUGAUUUGUAGCUGUAGUAUUUAUUUAUUUAUGUGCCAACCGUAUGUAUAAGGCUAUGUCGAGGUGAACUAAGGAGGGUUAAAAUAGUUUUGUUUGUAUUCAAUCUCGUUGUAUUCGAUAUUUGCAAACCUUGUGUAGAUUCUGAGUAAGUUUACGGACAGUUGCUAAUAUACAGGUUUAAAUUUGUUUAUCUAUGUAAUACCACAACGUAAUAAAUAUUCUUCUUCAAUA